AAGUGUAUAAUCUAUGGUCAAGACAUUUAGGAUUGCUUAGCAUUUGUCGUUUUUGUAAGUUUACGCGAAAUUGUCCAAUAAUAACAGGACUGACAACUAUUAAACAAUAGUUUAAUUUGAAUUAAAUUAUGCCCUGUUUUUGGUAUGUAAUUAACAAGAUACAUAUUUAGUUAUAAAUAAAUAUAAAAAUAAUGCCGACAACCAGAAAAAAGGUUAUAAAAACUGUUUACAAAGACGAAGAGAGUGAAAAUGAGGGUCGCGAUUUUAGCGAUUCCGGUUCUGAGGCAGUUAUAACUGAUCAAUCCAGUUCUGAUGAUGAGGAAGAGGAAUGUCAUAAUUCCUCAGAAGACGAUUUUCAACCUAAAAAAAUAAAAUCAAAACUAUCAAUUUCGACGACAAAAACAAACAUUACAAAGAAAACAAACUUUACAAAAUCGUUCAUCAGUAAACUAAAUAAACAAAAAGAUAUAGAAUGUGAAGAUAAUGAAAAUGUUACUCCAACACUUUUUACUGUCAAAGAUCUAACUGAUGCCGAUAAGCUUUUACCAAUUUUAAACCUUUCAGAAAGUGACAGCAGUGAUGAUGAAUCUCCAACAGAAACUAAAAAAGCAAAUCAACCAAAUAUCUCUUCGUUUAAAACUAUUGAAUCUGAUGAUGAUGCCAAUAUUAAAAUAGAAUAUAAAGAUGUGUGGUCAAACAAUAUACAGGAUGACAGUGAGGAGAUAGCUAAGAAAACAUUUCUUGAACUUGAACAGCACAAACUUAAAAUCGAAGAAACUAAAUUAUCAAUACAAAAUUAUAAGGCAAAAAAUGAUAAAACAAAUGAAUCUGAUGUUAAAGACCUACUCGCUCUUGGGGAAGAAGAGGUCAAACAAGAAUCUCCUAUCAAGAAAAAAAAGAAAAUUCAUAAACAAGAUAGUGAUUCUGAAAUGGAAGACUGGGAAGAAGUUAAUGAAACAAAAGGAAUACCACAACAAGGUCUGCAAUUAAUAGUAGAUAUUCCAAAUGCAACAUGUAGAAAAACAAAAAAACUGGAUGUCGAAAUGAUGAUGAAAAGGAAAAUUAACAGAGUCAAAAAAGAGUAUCAGGUUUAUAUGCAUAAAGUUCAUGUCCUUUGUUGGUUGGGUCACGGUAAUUAUGUCAGUCAAGUUUUAAAUGAUCAAACUAUUUUGGCAGCUGCAUUAUCUGUGGUUCCAUCAAAAGAAUGUUACCCAGGAGAAAGAGUAGAUAUGAAAUAUUUGGAACAAAUUACAACAUGGUACAAUGAUAAAAUGUCGAUUAAACAAGACAAGGGUGAAAAUAAAUUCAAACCUAAAUCACCUCCAUUAAAAAAUAUCUUACUCGAACAAAUGAAACACAGAGUUUUCACUACUAAAAAGUAUAUGGUUUUUACUUUUGUUUCUAUGCUAAGAAGCCUUGGGUUACAGUGUCGAGUCAUGUUCAAUUUUGUUGUUCUACCGAUUAAGCCACCUUCUUCUGAAUUAUGUUCAUUAUCAACAAAAACGAAUGAUGAAAGUAAAAAAAAUAAAAAAGAUGUAAAAAUUAAAGAAGAAAUGAAGUCAUCAAGUGGAUCGAAAAAGAUGUCAAAAAGUAAAGAAGAUAAUAUACCUCAACUUGAUGGAAAUUACGACAGCUCAAGUGAAUCUGAAAAUAUUAUGCAAGUUGAUGGAGCUGAUGAUAAGGUUUCUGUAAAAACUAGAAAACAGAAGAUUGAAGCUGCAAAGAAUUCCAAAAAACAUUUAGGCAGUGAAAUAAAUGUUGACGAAGAAAGUAUUUCACCUCCAAAAAGGGUAAGAAAAAAUGUAACAUCGCACGCAGAAAAGAGUGGUGAUACUCUAAGUCCUGCUACAAAACAAAAAGAUAAUAUUUCUAAAACUAGCCCUAGUAAAAACAGUACACCAAGCAAUGAUAUAAAUGAGAAAAAUGUUAAAAAGCCAACUACACGAAAAUCAUUAAGUUUGAAUCGUUUGGAUUCUCAAAACGAAAUUAAAGAUGAAAAAAAGCCGAACUCGGUAAAUACACGAAGGACAAGAAGUAGUAAAACCUCUACAAAUAUUUCCAAAUUAGUAGAACAGCCUAUUGAUCUAAAUGAGUCAACAUCAAGAAAAAAAUCUAACAAAACACCUAAAAUUGUUGUAACAAAUGAGAAUAAUCAUGAUGUUUCUAGUAAAUACUUUGAUUCCUCAGAAAAUAAAGGGACAAGAGGUGGUAGAAAACGUACAAGAACAUCAGAACCAAAGGUAGAUAACAACAAAGCUGAGCAGUUAAAUGUAUCAAAAUCACGAGCAAAAAGCGCUAAUACUGUUGUAAACAAAAGUAAAUAUUUUGAUAAAGAUACUGAUAAAGAACCGGCAACAAAGUCUGUUAGGUCUAGGAGUAGUAAACAGACAGAUAAUAUUGCAGAAGAUAAAAAGAGAGUAAGCCAUAGGGACCUUACAAUGAAAAAGGUACCUAAAAAUGAUGUUACAAAGGAUUUAAUAAAAAUAAUUAAGGGUAGAGUUAAGGAAGCAAAAGCUGAAGCUAAAAAGGGUAUUGUAAAAUGUGAGUACAAAGAGUCUGAUGAUGAUAGUGACUAUCUACCUGUACAGUCACCGCAGAAAGCAGAAAGUGAUGAAGAUUUUAAACCUACUAAAAUAAGUCCAAAAGCCAAAUUAUCUGUGAAAAAAAUAGAUCGUCGUGUGGUAUCUACAGAUGAUGAAUUGCCUUUGAAUAAAAUUGAUGUUUGGUGUGAAGUAUUUGUUGAAGAAUUAGAGGAAUGGGUUCCUGUAGAUGUUAUUAAAGGCAAAGUGCAUUGUGUUAAUGAAAUAUAUAAUCGAGUCACUCAUCCUGUGAGGUAUAUCGUUGGUUGGGAUAACAACAAUUAUUUAAAAGAUUUGACCCGACGUUAUGUGCCACACUGGAAUACAGUAACACGUAAACAACGUGUCGAACCUCUGUGGUGGGACAAGGCUAUAAAAUCUUGGACGGGACCGAAAACAGCUAGAGACAGAGAAGAAGAUGAAAGAUUAGACAGAAUGCAGUUAGAAGCACCUUUACCUAAAAGUAUUGCUGAAUACAAAAAUCAUCCCCUAUAUGCUUUAAAGCGACAUUUGCUUAAAUUUGAAGCGAUUUACCCGCCCGAUGCAGCAGUACUAGGCUUUGUAAGAGGUGAACCUGUAUAUGCUCGGGAGUGUGUAUAUGUUUGUCGGUCACGAGAAAUUUGGCUAAAAGAAGCAAAAGUUGUAAAACUCGGUGAAGAACCCUACAAAAUUGUGAAAGCACGACCAAAAUGGGACAGGCUUUCAAAUAAAUUAAUAACUGAUAAACCUCUCGAAGUGUUUGGUCCGUGGCAAGUACAAGAUUAUGAGCCUCCUACAGCUGAAAAUGGAAUUGUACCUCGGAACCCAUAUGGAAAUGUUGAAUUGUUCAAAGAAUGUAUGUUACCAAAAGGGACAGUACUUAUAAAGUUACCUGGCUUAAAUCGAAUUGCCAAGAAGUUAAAUAUAGACUGUGCUCCAGCGAUGACCGGAUUUGAUUAUAAUGGAGGUUACUGUCAUCCCGUGUAUGAUGGGUUUGUUGUGUGUAAGGAAUUUGAAGACGUUAUUACAGAAGCAUGGCAGCAGGACCAAGAAGAACAAGAACGCAAAGAGGAAGAAAAAUUAGAAGCUCGAGUUUACGGUAACUGGAGAAAACUUAUAAGAGGUUUGCUCAUAAAGGAGAGGCUCAAAGCUAAAUAUGGUUUCGAAGAGCCAAGCACUUCGAAAACAAAAGCAAAAGGUCCUAGACUCGUUGUGAAGAAAAAAUAAUAAACAAACAACAAAAAGAAGGGUAUCACAA